UUGAAAACCCAGAACCCAAUCAGAGAGAACUCAGAGAAGCAGUGAUGGGUUUCUGAGAACUUAAAGCAGAAAGAGUGAAAGACCCAAUCUCUUCUUCUCAUUCCUUUUAACACGUUUUGUCAAACGGGUGGGUUUGAGCGGGUAUUUAAUGGGCGGGUUUCGGGCGGGCUCGCAGCCCGCGGGCCAAAUUGCCAGGCCUAUUUAUGCAAACUGUUUACCAUUAUCACUUUAAACCGAUAAUUGAGAGAACCCCUGCGGUGCCGCGCCGACCAAACCGGGUUGAUAUCGAUUUUGCAGCUAAUGAAACUGCUUGAAGGUUUCGCUGACAUGGAAAAACAAAAUAAAGCUGUUUCUGAUGCUCUGGUGGUUGAAGAAGUUGAGUAUAAAAAGAAGAAAAUUGUACAAGAUGAAGUAUCUUGUGUGCUCAAUCUUCGUAUCCUGUUCAAACAUCCAAUCCAUCCAAUACCUCCCUCUGAGAUUUUAAUGGCUGCUUCUUCCUCCGAAAAUACAAAUACAGUUGACAGCAACACUGCUUCUUCAUUAUAUGAGCUAAUGGAACUGCUUGAAGGUAAACCUGAACUGAUUGAGGGGGAUGCAAGAAUCCAAGAUGUGCUUGUUAACAGUGAUGUGGGCAAUCCUGAGGUAGAAGUCAAAGCGGUGGGUGAUGCAAUAUCUAUUCAAAUUGAUGAAUUUGGCUCCCAGCAGGAACUCCAAAAUGGUGUUUCAGAAAAUAUGGAGAAGUUCUUUUGCUCCCAGGCAUCAGCUCAUGGAAUUGAAAUGGCCCGGAAUUUCUGCGCAAUAUCAUCAGAAUUUUAUACUACAGAGGAAGCUUGGCAAGGUGAGGGUGCUAGCAUGUCUGAACCGCUUGCUCAGCCUAAUUAUGAAGAGGAAGAUCAGGAACAGUCUGCAAAAGAUGUAUCUGGGUCGGCUACUGCCACAACCACGUCGCAACUACAAACACCAAAUGCAAAGUCAAGAAAACAGGAAUGGAAGAAUAUGCAAGCAUCAGGUCCAUCUUCCCCGUCAUUAGGUGUGCUCAACUCAGUAGAGUCCUUCAAUGAAGCAGGUGGGAGUUUGAGUCCCCCCUCUAGAGAAGCUGCAGUUCCUCAACGUACGGCCAUGCAUGAUCUGGUAAAACAGCUAUGUGAUGAGGAAAGAGAAUACUUGCAAAAGCUGAGGGCAAAGGCGGCUACUGUCUUAGAUAGAAUAAAGAAGGAAGAAGCUGAAAAGAAGAAUAAAAUUGCAAAAGAUGAAGUAUCUAGUGUGCUCAAUCUUCCUAUCAUGUUCAAACAUCCAAUCCCUGGGGAUGCGAGAAUCCAAGAUGUGCUUGUUAACAGUGAUGUGGGUAAUCCUGAGGUAGAAGUCAAGGUUGUGGGUGAUGCAAGAUCUACUCAAAUUGAGGAAUUUGGCUGUCAGCAGGAACUCCAAAAUGCUGUUUCAGAAGAUACGAAGUUCUUUUGCUCCCAGGCAUCAGAUCUUGGAAUUGUAAUGGCCCGGAAUUUCCCUGCAAUAUCAUCAGAAAUUUGUAUUACAGAGGAAGCUCGGCAAGAUGAUGGUGCCAGCAUGUCUGAACCACUUGCUCAGCUUCAUUAUGUAGAGGAAGAUCAGGAACAGUCUGCAAAAGAUGAAUCUGGGUCGGCGACUGCCACAACCACGUCGCAACUACAAACACCAAAUGCAAAGUCAAGAAAACAGGAAUGGAAGAUUAUGCAAAUAUCAGGUCCAUCUUCCCCAUCAUUAGGUGUGCUCAACUCAGUAGAGUCUUUCAAUGAAGCAGGUGGGAGUUUGAGUCCCCCCUCAAGAGAAGCUGCAGUUCCUCGACGUACGGCCAUGCAUGAUCUGGUAAAACAGCUAUGUGAUGAGGAAAAAGAAUACUUGCAAAAGCUGAGGGCAAGGGCGGCUACUGUCUUAGAUAGAAUAAAGAAGGAAGAAGCUGAAAAGAAGAAGAAAAUUGCAAAAGAUGAAGUAUCUAGUGUGCUCAAUCUUCCUAUCAUGUUCAAACGUCCAAUCCAUGGGGAUGCGAGAAUCCAAGAUGUGCUUGUUAACAGUGAUGUGGGUAAUCCUGAGGUAGAAGUCAAGGUUGUGGGUGAUGCAAGAUGUACUCAAAUUGAGGAAUUUGGCUGCCAGCAGGAACUCCAAAAUGCUGUUUCAGAAGAUAAGAAGUUCUUUUGCUCCCAGGCAUCAGACCUUGGAAUUGUAAUGGCCCGGAAUUUCCCUGCAAUAUCAUCAGAAUUUUGUAUUACAGAGGAAGCUUGGCAAGGUGAUGGUGCCAGCAUGUCUGAACCACUUGCUCAGCUUCAUUAUGUAGAGGAAGAUCAGGAACAGUCUGCAAAAGAUGAAUCUGGGUUGGCGACUGCCACAACCACAUUGCAACUACAAACACCAAAUGCAAAGUCAAGAAAACAGGAAUGGAAGAUUAUGCAAAUAUCAGGUCCAUCUUCCCUGUCAUUAGGUGUGCUCAACUCAGUAGAGUCCUUCAAUGAAGCAGGUGGGAGUUUGAGUCCCCCCUCAAGAGAAGCUGCAGUUCCUCAACGUACGGCCAUGCAUGAUCUGGUAAAACAGCUAUGUGAUAAGGAAAGAGAAUACUUGCAAAAGCUGAGGGCAAGGGCGGCUACUGUCUCAGAUAGAAUGAAGGAUGAAGAAGCUGAAAAGAAGAAGAAAAUUGCAAAAGAUGAAGUAUCUGGUGUGCUCAAUCCUCGGAUCAUGUUCAAACAUCCAACCCAUCCAAUAACUCCCUCUGAGAUUUUAAUGGGUGCUUCUCCCUCUGAGAGUACAAGUACAUGGGCAGCUAAUGGAACUGGUUGGUGGUAAACCUGAUCGAACUGCUUGAGGGGGAUGCGAGAAUCCAAGAUGUGCUUGUUAACAGUGGUGUGGGUAAUCCUGAGGUAGAAGUCAAAGUUGUGGGGAAGCAGGAUCUACCCAAAUUGAUGAAUAUGGCUCCCAACGGGAACUCCAAAAUGCUGGUUCAAAAGUUCUACGUUGUUUAUUAUUAACAAUUAUCCAAAGUACUAAUUUAUUGAUGACAGUUAAGAAUUUCUAGACCUUCAUGAUCAUUUACUUAUUGUUUGUAAUGACUGGAUGUAUUGAUUAGGUAUCUCGGGUGUAUUGUAGUAUUGUAUUGUAGUUUAGUAUUUAUAUUUUUUUUUUAUCAUAUAUUACAACUUCGUGAGUCGAAUUCAGUGUUCUAUUUAUUAAUAAGAAGAGAUUAUGCCGUUAGACCAAA